AUGGUCAAGGCAGUCGGCAACAGACUUUACCACGCCCCCAUUGAUAGGGAGAAGGUCCAGAGCAUCCUCGACAUUGGAACAGGCACCGGGAUAUGGGCUGUGGAGAUGGGAGACAUUUUCGAGAACGCGGAGGUCAUUGGCAUCGACUUUAGCGCCAUUCAGCCAGAAUGGGUCCCCCCCAACGUCAAGUUCGAGAUAGAUGACGUAGAAAGCCCCUGGGUCGACGGCAGGAAGUACGAUUUCAUCAUGUGCAGAUAUAUGGUUGCCUUCAUCAAGGAUUGGCCCGGGCUCAUCAAGAACAUCUAUGACCACCUGAACCCCGGAGGUUGGGUAGAGUUCCAAGACGUCAACACAAAAUUUUACUCAGACGACGGGACCUUCACGGACGAGCACGCCACAGCGAAGUGGAUAGAUGGUUUCUCAAAGGCCUGUCUGGCCAUGGGCCGCGACACGAGCGUGGCGCCGAGGCUUGGGGCCAUGGUGGAGGACGCCGGGUUUGAGAACACGUACGCGCGGCGCAUCAAGGCGCCGCUGGGGCCGUGGGCCAAGGAAUAA